AUGUUGAAAGCUAUGGUCAAACGUGCUUUGAAGUUAGAUGAUGAAACGGUGCUUUUAACUAGAGCGUUGCAGAAAUUUGAUCAGAAGGAAGCUACUAAGUCUCGCGCUAACAUAACUGAAGAUGACGGAGCUUUGGACUGGCUAAAACCACGCAGCUUGAUAAAACCCGAUGAUCAAGAAGAAGUACCAGAUGCGGAUCUUGACGAAGAGGUUGGAAGAGUACUAACGACUAUUAAUCCUCAAUGGGUAAUUGAUGAAGUAGCAUAUCAUUACGGACAAAACAAAUUUGUUUUCAAACCUAAACCAUCGUUUGGAAAGGCAUACCCUUUAUACAUAUAUCAAGGCACAGCAAUACGCAAAGAUUCUGAAGAAGCAAAAGCUCAAAUUGCAGCUGGUUAUGGCAUGGUCGGUUUCGAUGAUGCUGGUCCUAAGCGUGCUAAGGUGAAGAAAUCAGCAGCUGCGGAAGAAGAAGAGGAGGAACCAGAACCCGAACCUCAACCACCACCAGAAGAAGCAAAACCAGAGGAGGAUGUGGUUCAAGAGGAGGAAAAGCCGGAAGCUCCACCAGAAGAUGUUCAAGCACAAACAGAAGCCGUUGAUGAGGAGGCAGAAAUGGUUGGAGAAGAGGCUGCCCCUGAAGAAAAGGAGGAAGUGGGAGGCGGAGAGCCAAUUGUGGAAGAUGUUAUCGAAAUCAAACCCAGAGUCAAAAAACUUGCGAAUCAAUUCAACUUUUGUGAACGGGCAGCGCUCACCUACAAUAAUCCUAGACGAUCUGUUGAUACUCAAACAAUUCCACCACCGCGAGCGAACUACGGCUCAACCUGCCUUCAGUCCAUUAUAUUUGACUUCUAUCAAGAGGAUUAUGCGAAGAAACUGCGGGAGAAAGAGGAUGAGAAACCUAAAAGAUUGCGCAAGAAAGCAGCGAAACACGCGAAAUCUGAACAACAAAUUCACGACGAGAAACUUGCUCAGCGCAUACGCGAAGCUUGGACCGUUCUGGAGAGGCUGGUCAAUCAAAAUAUUUUUGAUGAUAUCGCCCAAGACUAUCGCUACUGGGACGACCCAUCAGACGAUUUCCGUGAAGGCAUGGGGUCGCUGCUUCCGCUAUGGAAGUUUCAGUUUGAGCCAAUGCGGAGUCAUGCGGUGUGCGAAGUACAGUGGAAUCCACAUUAUCAAGAUCUUUUCGCUGUUGCUUAUGGCUCUUUGGAUUUCACAAACCAGCAAAAGAACGGUUGUCUUUGCCUGUUCAGCAUUAAGAAUCCUGCUUAUCCGGAAUACUCGGUAAUCACCGAGUCUCCGAUCAUAUGCCUCGAUGUCUAUACGGAAACACCUUACCUUAUAUGUGUUGGCCAAUACGAUGGUAACGUUUGCGUGUACAACGCACAACUUACUCUGGAGUCUUCGUACCAGUACAAGUCCGAUUCUGUGAGAGACAAACAUAGCAAUAUUGUGUGGGAGAUUCGUUGGGGAGCCCGUUUAAUAGAUGGUGAAGCCUCAUUCUUCUCUAUUUCUGGGGACGGACGAGUAGUCCAAUGGGCGGUGAUGCCGGGAGAAUUGCAAGCCACUACCAUCAUCACGCUUAGAUCCGAUAUUCCACCAAUACCUGGGCCUGAUGGAACUUUGCUCACAGUAAACAGUGAGUAA